AUGCCUCGGCCCGGCCGCAACACGUACAGCGACCAGAAGCCGCCCUACUCGUAUAUCUCGCUGACCGCCAUGGCCAUCCAGAGCUCGCCCGAAAAGAUGCUGCCCUUGAGCGAGAUCUACAAGUUCAUCAUGGACCGCUUCCCCUACUACCGGGAGAACACGCAGCGCUGGCAGAACAGCCUGCGCCACAACCUUUCCUUCAACGACUGCUUCAUCAAGAUACCGCGGCGGCCAGACCAGCCCGGCAAGGGCAGCUUCUGGGCGCUGCACCCCAGCUGCGGGGACAUGUUCGAGAACGGCAGCUUCCUGAGGCGCCGCAAGCGCUUCAAGGUGCUCAAGUCGGACCACCUGGCGCCCAGCAAGCCCGCUGACGCGGCGCAGUACCUGCAGCAGCAGGCCAAGCUGCGCCUCAGCGCGCUGGCGGCCUCGGGCACGCACCUGCCGCAGAUGCCCGCCGCCGCCUACAACCUGGGCGGCGUGGCGCAGCCCUCGGGCUUCAAGCAUCCCUUCGCCAUCGAGAAUAUCAUCGCGCGCGAGUACAAGAUGCCUGGGGGACUGGCCUUCUCCGCCAUGCAGCCCGUGCCCGCCGCCUACCCGCUCCCCAACCAGUUGACUACCAUGGGCAGCUCGCUGGGUACUGGCUGGCCACACGUGUACGGUUCGGCAGGCAUGAUCGAUUCGGCCACCCCCAUCUCCAUGGCUAGUGGCGAUUACAGCGCUUACGGCGUGCCGUUGAAGCCUCUGUGCCACGCAGCGGGCCAGACGCUGCCCGCCAUCCCCGUGCCCAUUAAGCCCACGCCGGCCGCAGUGCCCGCGCUGCCCGCACUGCCUGCGCCCAUCCCCACCCUGCUCUCGAACUCGCCGCCCUCGCUCAGCCCCACGUCCUCUCAAACAGCCACCAGCCAAAGCAGCCCCGCCACUCCCAGCGAAACGCUCACCAGCCCGGCCUCCGCCCUGCACUCAGUGGCGGUGCACUGA